AUCAUUGAAAAGCACUAUGCCCGGUCCCUGGGUGUGUGGUCUGAGAGGUCUGACUCCUCAGUAAAUGACACAGAGGACAUGAGUUCCUCAGAGACUGGGAAACACCCCUCUGUGGUCAUGUACUGGUCCCUGUCAGUGGCCAUCUUCUCCAUCGGCGGCAUGGUGUCCUCCUUCCUGGUGGGGUUUGUAGGAGACUUGAAAGGCAGGGUGAAGGGGAUGCUGAUGAUCAACGUUCUGGCCGUCGCUGCCGGACUGUUGAUGGGUCUCUGCAGGAUGUGGAAACCUCACAUCAUGGUCAUCUCAGGCCGUGCAGUCAUGGGCUUCUACUGUGGGCUGACAUCUGGAUUAGUGCCGAUGUACAUUGGAGAGAUAGCACCCAAAGCCUACAGAGGGGCUCUGGGAACUAUACACCAGUUGGCUACUGUUAUUGGGAUCCUAAUCAGCCAGGUUAUAGGUCUGGACUUUGUCCUUGGUAAUGAUGAAAUGUGGCCCCUGUUGCUUGGUCUAUCUGGAGCUCCUGCAGUGCUACAGUCCCUCCUGCUGCCUCUGUGUCCGGAGAGCCCACGCUACCUUUACAUUCUGCUGGGCCAAGAGCAAGAAGCCCGCAAAAGUCUGCAUCGGCUGAAGGGAGCAACAGAUCUAACUUCUGAUUUGGAAGAGAUGAGAAGAGAGAAGCAGGAGGCCGACCGGGAGGCAAGGGUUUCCAUACGAUCUUUGAUCUUGUCCUCUGUGUAUAGACGGCAGCUGUUCGUUGCCCUCAUGAUGCAUCUCUCCCAACAAUUUUCUGGCAUUAAUGCGAUCUUUUAUUACUCGACAGCCAUCUUCUCACAGGCUGGUGUCAGUCAGCCAGUCUACGCAACGAUAGGAGUCGGUGUCAUCAACACAGUGUUUACCCUGGUGUCAGUGGCACUUGUAGACAAAGCUGGGCGGCGCUCCUUGACUCUGAUUGGUCUGGGAGGUAUGUGCUGCUGUGCGGUUGCCAUGACAGUGGGCAUAAGGUUUCAGAAUGACUUCUCAUGGAUGAGCUAUGUCAGCAUGUCAGCUAUCUUCCUCUUUGUGAGUUUCUUUGAGAUCGGUCCCGGUCCUAUCCCAUGGUUCAUAGUAGCCGAACUGUUCAGCCAGGGGCCUCGGCCUGCAGCUAUCGCUCUGGCCGGCUGCUGCAACUGGACCAGUAACUUCAUCAUAGGCAUGACCUUUCCUUACAUACAGGCUUGGAUGGAUUGUUACGUCUUCAUCCUGUUUGCUGUGCUGCUUUUCGGCUCCACAGUCUUUAUUUAUUUCCGCGUCCCGGAGACUAAGGGUAAAACUUUUGAGGAGAUCGCUGCCAUGUUUCAGAAGAAACGUAAGACUCCGACAGGCAUUGCUGAACUGCAGCAGCUCAAAACAUCAUCAGAGGCUUAAAGGCGCCGAGUUUCACUAUUCAUCCAAGUAUUAACAGAAAAAAGAUCACGAGUGUGACUGCAGUGACAAUUAUUUGUGUUAAAUGUUUACAUUAAAUUUCAGUUGAAAGUCUUGUUGCAGUAUUUACAGCAUAUAAGUGUCACGUUUAUGAAUAAGGCUUAAUAUUACCUGUGUGGACUCUGUGUAAAAAUGGUUAUAUUUGUUUUUGACCUGAGUUCAAUUCUGCAGUUUCCCUUUAUUUUCAACAUCAAUGUUUUUAUGGUUUUAAUGACUCAGCAGCCAAAAUGAGAAAACUGGUGAAAAUCUUUACAAACUCAGUUCUGGCAAAGUAGAAGCAUGAAGUGAAAUGUAAAUAAAAACAGAAUGCAACGGUUUGUAAAUCUCAUAAACCCAUAUUUUCUUCACAGUAAAACACAGUAAAACAUAUUAAAUGUAACUAUUUUUAAAGGUCAUUUUGGAUUUGAUGGUGCAACACAUUGUAAAAAAAAUCAUUGGAUGUGGCAACAGAAGGUUGUAAAAAUAAAUGUAUGAAUAAAAAAA